CCUCUAUUACUCAGCUGGAUCAGCGUCAGUCUUUUUUUCCAGGCUGCGGUCUCUGUACUGCGCUCUGAGUCAGACACAACCCUACAAACAUUUCUUUGAAUCGCUGGUUUCCUCCCAGAGACUCUUGACACCUUGCCAACAAAGCAGGGCGUAGCUUACUAAAUUUUUUUUUUUUUUUCCUCCCUCUCUUUAAAGGCAGACUGAUUCAUAGUAACUUCUUUAAAACAGAGCUAAGAGACACCACCCUCCGUACCACCGGAGGAAACUUAAACCACCACCAGGUCACUCCCCUUCACUACAGCUCCGCGCCCCGGCACAGCAGCACCGCAGCCCCGCGCGCUCCUGCUUCCACAGGUGCCAGCACCACACGAUCUCUCUGCACUGGUGACACCACCUAGGAAGGACCCAAGAUGUUGGUGCUACUGGCUGGUAUCUUUGUGGUUCACAUUGCCACCGUCAUCAUGCUCUUCGUCUCCACCAUUGCCAAUGUUUGGAUGGUGGGUAGCAAUAACUUCGGAAAUGUCUCAUGGGGACUCUGGCUACACUGCAACACCACCUGUGAGCCGCUGGCAGUCAGUGGCGACAAUGAGCCUUCCCUCAAAGCAGCGCAAGCCUUCAUGAUCCUCUCAAUCAUUUUCUCCGUCAUCGCUCUUGUUACAUUCAUUGUCCAGCUGUUCACCCUGGAGAAAGGCAAACGUUUCUACAUCACGGGAGCCAUCAUGUUGGUUUGCUGGAUGUGCAUUCUGAUUGGAGUCUCCAUUUACACAGCUCGGUUCACAGACUGGCAGACUGUGAACCAGGCAGCGUUGUUAAGUUCUCACCAUGGCUACAGCUUCAUAUUGGCCUGGAUCUGCUUCUGCUUCAGUUUCAUCAUUGGCAUCCUCUACCUUGUUCUUAGGAAAAAAUAAGGUCAAUGGUAGUCCUGGGGAGAGGGUUGGCUGCUGGGAAUGGGGAACAAUUGCUCUGCUGAGAGAACGUUUGGAUCAAUAGAAAAAACAAACAGCCACCAUGAUUGCCACUACCACCACCACAGCAAAACAACAAAACUAGAAUCUUCAGAAACUCAUUCACCACAGAGAAGGAGGAACAGCACCGACUGAUCUCUCACUCCUGGGGCUGCUGCACCAGACAUCUGCAAGUGACCCGGACAGCUGUUCUCCUUUCCUGCAAAGUUAUGUCCUAAAUUCACAAACAUUCAAGCCCAGCUGUGAUGACUGAAGAGCACAAAAAAAAUGAGGGCUACAUCUUUUUAUCUGUCUAGAGCCCUUCCCACUUGCCUUUCAGUGUGCCUUGUGGGUUGGGCAUUGAGGCUUACAGCUCCCUUUUUUGUCUAUUGAAACAAAUGGGAUGGGACUUUUGUUACAUUGAUAUAUAUAUAUAUGUACGCACAUAUAUAUGAAAGACAUUAAAUUGAGAAACAACCCAUAGAAGUGAGAUUUAAUUAGUAUUAAAAAUACUACAGGAACAAGGCAGCUACUUUUUUUUUUUGCUGUUCUGUUUCCUAUUUGACAUUCCCGUGGUUGAAUCAAAUACAGGUAUGAAGGGCAAAUAUACAAGCGAGGAUGAUGGAGAGAGAGAGAGAGAAAGAGAGAGGGCAGGGGAGGUACAUAGGGGUUCCUAAAUAUAGAAAGUGCAGUUGCUCAAUGAUGCACGUGCAGGGAGGGAAUCCUUUGGGUGUGUGUCUACACUAAAAUCUUUUGUUCAGCUCUAGUACAUAGCAACAGCACUGCAACAACUGUAGGCAUUUUUUUUUUUUUUCACAUAAUCACUCAGGACAUGGUAUUAAUUGGGAGCCCCACCUUGUGACACAGCUCAUCUCAAUAACAGAUGCUACACAUUAGUCGAGGAAAUGUAUUCCCUAAUGAGAGACUUGGAGAGAUGAGACAGGACUUGUGAGUUCUGCUCCUUGCUGCACAACCUUAGGCCAGUCACUUAAUCCGGUGCUUUUCCAUCCUCCUAUAGGUACCUCCCAGGGUUGCUGAGAGAUUUUGAGAACACUCUCUGAUUCAAGGUUCCCAUGUGAAAGGCUGGCAUAGGAUAGUCAGGCAUUGUUAGUGCUGCAACCAAUGCGUUUCUGUCACUUUGAAGAACCUCAGUCACAAGUGGAAUUUAUAAGGGACAAGAGGUCAAAACUUCCUGUGGCUCCAUCCAUAACUAAAAAGACAGGAUCAAAAAACAUACAGGUGCAAAUUGUGCUCAGAUACAAUUAUCUCUCUCUCUCCCCCUCUCUCUUUCUGUUACAUUUUCUUCUUAUGUAUACUUUAUCAUGUUUGGUGGAUUUAUUCUAGUACUGUAUGUUGGUGUUUCAUUAACAAAGGUUAUUUCAUAUAUAGUCAUUGUAAAUAUUUUGAAAUGCAUAUUUUUAACUUUAAGGGUAUAAAAAUAAAAUCUGAUUCCCUUUAU